GGGAAUAAUGCACAAGGUGCAAAAUCAGUUCAUCCCCAGAGAAGGAAGGAUUAACAGGGGGGAAAGGGGCCACAGUGGUUGACAAAGGAAGUUAGUGACUGCAUAGCAUUAAAAUAAAGGAAGUAUGUCAGAGCUAAGGUGAGUGGGAGGACAGAUGAUUGGAAAGUUUUUAAGGAACAACAGAACUCAACUAAAUAGGCAACACGGGGAGAAAAAAUGAGGUACGGAUGCAAGCUAGCCAGGAAUAUAAAGGAAGAUAGCAAAAGCUUUUUUAGGUCUGUGAAGAGAAAGAAGACAGUUAAGAACAAUGUUGGGCCCUUGAAGAAUGAAUUGGGUGAAAUUGUUAUGGGAAACAGAAAAAUGGCAGAAGAAUUUAAUGAGUACUUUAGAUCUGUUUUCACUAAGGAAGACACAAGCAAUCUCCCAGAUGUAUGGAUGGGCCAAGGACAUAGGGUAACAGAGGAAAUGAAACAGAUUGACAUUAGGAUGGAAACGGUGACGAGAAGACUGAUGGGACUGAAGGCUGACAAAUCCCCAGGUCCAGAUGGUCUGCAUCCUAGGGUACUAAAGGAGGUGGCCCUGGAAAUUGCGGAUGCAUUGGUAAUCAUUUUCCAAUGUUCCUUAGAUUCAGGAUCAGUUGCUGAGGAUUGGAGAAUGGCUAAUGUUAUCCCAUUUUUUAAAAAAGGAGGGAAGAGGAAAACAGAGAACUAUCGACCUGUCAGCCUGACAUCGGUGAUGGGGAAGAUGCUAGACUCCAUUAUUAAGGAUGAAAUAGUGGCAUAUCCAGAUAGCAAUGAUAGGAUUGGGCCGAGCCAGCAUGGAUUCACCAAGGGUAAAUCAUGCUUGACUAAUCUGUUGGAGUUUUUCGAGGAUGUAACCAGGAAGUUAGACGGGUGAGAUCCAGUGGAUGUAGUGUACCUCGAUUUUCAGAAGGCAUUUGAUAAGGUCCACACAGGAGUUUGGCGGGUAAAAUCAAAGCUCAGGGCAUUGGGGGGAAGACAUUGACAUGGAUAGAAAACUGGUUGGCAGAUAGAAAGCAAAGGGUAACGGUGAAUGGGUGUUUCUCGGAAUGGCAGGUGGUGACUAGUGGGGUGCCACAGGGCUCGGUAUUGGGACCACAACUGUUUACAAUUUACAUCAAUGAUUUAGAUGAAGGCAUUGAGAAUAACAUCAGCAACUUUGCUGAUGAUGCUAAGCUGGGUGGCAGUGUGACAUGUGAUGAGGAUGUUAGGAGAAUUCAGGGUGACUUGGAUAGGCUGGGUGAGUGGGCAGAUACUUGGCAGAUGACGUUUAAUGUUAAUAAGUGUGAUGUUGUCCACUUUGGGAGUAAGAACAGGAAGGCAGAUUAUUAUUUGAACCGUGUAGAGUUGGGUAAGGGAGAAAUACAAAGAGAUCUAGGAGUCCGUGUUCAUCGGUCACUGAAGGUGAAUGAACAAGUACAGCAGGCAGUGAAGAAGGCUAAUGGAAUGUUGGCCUUUAUUACAAAGGGAAUUGAGUACAAGAGCAAGGAUAUCUGCUUGCAUUUGUACAGGGCCCUGGUGAGACCACACCUGGAGUAUUGUGUACAGUUUUGGUCUCCAGGGUUAAGGAAGGACAUCCUGGCUGUAGAGGAAGUGCAGCGUAGAUUCAUGAGGUUAAUUUCUGGGAUGUCUGGACUGUCUUACGCAGAGAGGUUAGAGAGACUGGGCUUGUACACACUGGAAUUAAGGAGAUUGAGAGGGGAUCUGAUUGAAAUAUAUAAGAUUAUUAAGGGAUUGGACAAGAUAGAGGCAGGAAAUAUUUUCCUGAUGUUGGGAGAGUCCAGUACCAGAGGACAUGGUUUGAGAAUAAGGGGUAGGUCAUUUAGGACAGAGUUAAGGAAAAACUUCUCCCAGAGAGUUGUGGAGGUCUGGAAUGCACUGCUUCGGAAGGUAGUGGAGGCCAAUUCUCUGGAUGCUUUCAAGAAGGAGCUAGAUAGGUAUCUUAUGGGUAGGGGAAUCAAGGGAUAAGGGGACAAGGCAGGAACCGGGUAUUGAAAGUAGCUGCUCAGCCAUGAUCUCAAAAUGGCGGUGCAAGCUUGAAGGGCCGAAUGGUCUACUUCUGCACCUAUUGUCUGUUGUCCUACAGGUGGAAAGGGGAUGGGGAAGAGAGAUCCCACAGGAGUAAGUGGGAAUGGGAUGAAAUUUCCGGCUGGAAGAAGGGGAUGGGGAAGAGUGAUCCCACAGUAGGAAGCAGAAUCAGGAAGAGAGAUCCAACAGGAGGUAGGGGGAUGGGAACGAGAUACCACAGGAGGAAGGGGAUCUGGAAGACAAUUCCCAUAGAAGUAAGGGAGAUGGGGAAGAGAGAUCUCACAAGAGGAAGGAGAAUGGGAAAGAGAGAUCCCACUGGAGACAGGGGAAUGGGGAAGAGAGAUCCCACAGGAGGAAGGGGAUGGGGAAGAGAGAUCCAACAGGGGAAUGGGGAAGAGAGAUCCAACAGGGGAAUGGGGAAGAGAGAUCCCACAGGAGGAAGGGGAUGGGGAAGAAGAUCCAACAGGAGGAAGAUGGAUGGGGAAUAGAGAUCCCUCAGGAGUAAGUGGGACGGGGAAGAAAUUUCCGGUUGGAGGAAAUGGAUGGGGAAGAGUGAUCCCACAGGAUGAAGCAGAAUCAGGAAGAGAGAUCCAACAGGAGGAAGGGGGAUGGGAAAGAGAGAUACCACAGGAGGAAGGGGAAGAGAGAUCCCACAGGAGGAAGAGAAUGGGGAAGAGGGAUCCCACAGGAGGAAGAGAAUGGGGAAGAGGGAUCCCACAGGAGGAAGGGGAUGAGGAAUGGAGACCUCACAGGAGGAAGGGGGAUGGGGAAGAGAUCCCACAGGACAAAAGAGAUGGGGAAGAGAUAUCCCACAGGAGGAAGGACAAUGUGGAAGAGAGAUCCCACAGAAGUAAAGGGGCUGGGGAAAUGAGAUCCCACUGGAGGAAGGCGAAUGGGGAAUAGAGAUCCCACAGGAGGAAGAGGAUGGGGAAGAGAGAUCCCACAGGAGGAAGAGGAUGGGGAAGAGAGAUCCCACAGGUGGAAUGGGGAUUUGGAAGAGAGAUCCCACACGAGGAAGGUGAAUGGGGAAGAGAGAUCCCACAGGUGGAAGAGGAUGGGAAGGAGAUAUCCCACUGGAGGAAGAGGGAUGGGAAAGAGAGAUCCUACAGAAGGAAGGGGGCGGGGGAAGAGAGAUCCCACAGGGGAAUGGGGAUGAGAGAUCCCACAGGAGGAAGAGAAUGGGGAAGAGGGAUCCCACAGGAGGAAGGGGAUGAGGAAUGGAGACCUCACAGGAGGAAGGGGGAUGGGGAAGAGAUCCCACAGGACAAAAGAGAUGGGGAAGAGAUAUCCCACAGGAGGAAGGACAAUGUGGAAGAGAGAUCCCACAGAAGUAAAGGGGCUGGGGAAAUGAGAUCCCACUGGUGGAAUGGGAAGGGGAAGAGAGAUCCCACAGGAGGAAGGGGGAUGGGGAAGAAAGAUCCCACAGGGGAAAGGGGGAUGGGGAAGAGAGAUCCCACAGGAGGAAGAGGAUGGGGAAGAGAGAUCCCACAGGUGGAAUGGGGAUGGGGAAGAGAGAUCCCACAGGAGGAAGGAGAAGAGGGAUCCCAAAUGAGGAACGUGGCUGGGCAAGAGAGAUACCAGAUGGUGAAGGGGGAUGGGGAUGAGAGAUCCCACUGGAGGAAGGGGGAUAGGGAAGAGAGAUCCCACUGGAGGAAUGGGGAUUUGGAAGAGAGAUCCCACACGAGGAAGGUGAAUGGGGAAGAGAGAUCCCACAGGAGGAAGAGGAAGGGGAAGAGAUAUCCCACAGGAGGACGGGGGAUACAAGAGAGAGAUCCUACGGGAGAAAGGGAAUGGGAAGGAGAGAUCCCACAGGAGGAAGGCGAAUGGUGAAGGGAGAUUCAACGGGAGGAAGAGGGACAGGGAAGAGAGAUCCCAAAGGAGGAAGGGGGAUGGGGAAAAGAAUUUCUUCAGGAGGAAGGGGAAUGGGGAAGAGAGAUCCAACAGGAGGAAGGGGGAUGGGUUAUCGAGAUCUAAGAGGAGAAAGGGGAUGGGGAUGGGAGAUCCCUCAUGAAGAAGAGUGAUGGGGAUGAAAGAUCCCACAGUAAGUGGGAUGAGGAAAGAGAUCCGACAGGAGGAAGGGGAUGGGGAAGAGAGAUACCACAGGAGGAAAGGGAUCUGGAAGAGAGAUCACACAGGAGGAAGGGGGAUGGGGAAGUGAGAUCCCACAGGAGGAAGGGGGAUGGGGAAGAGAGAUCCCACAGGACGGGGGAUAGAAAAGAGAGAUCCUACUGGAGAAAGGGAAUGGGAAGGAGAGAUCUCACAGGAGGAAGAGGAUGGGAAGGAGAUAUCCCACAGGAGGAAGGACAAUGUGGAAGAGAGAUCCCACAGAAGAAAAGGGGCUGGGGAAAUGAGAUCCCACUGGAGGAAAGCUAAUGGGGAAGAGAGAUCCCACAGGAGGAAGAGGAUGGGGAAGAGAGAUCCCACAGGUGGAAUGGGGAUGGGGAAAAGAGAUCCUACAGGAGGAAGAGGAUGGGAAGGAGAUAUCCCACAGGAGGAAGAGGGAUGGGGAAGAGAGGUCCCAGAGCAGGAUUUGCAUAUAGAAGAGAGAUCCUGGAGUAGGAAGCUGAGUCAGGAAGAGAGAUCCCAUAGGAGGAAGGAGGAUAUGGAAGAGUGAUCCCACAGGAAGAAGGGGGAUGGGGAAGAGAUCCCAUAGGAGGAAGGCGAUGGGGAAGAGAUCCCAUAGGAGGAAGGCGAUGGGGUAGAGAGAUCACACAGUUGGAAGAGAAUGGGGAAGAGAGAUCCCUAAGGAGGAAGGGGAUAGGGAAGAGAGAUCCCACAGGAGGAAGGAGAAGAGGGAAGAGAGAUCCCAAAUGAGGAACGUGGCUGGGCAAGAGAGAUACCACAUGGUGAAGGGGGAUGGGGAUGAGAGAUCCCACAGGAGGAAGGGGGAUAGGGAAGAGAGAUCCCACAGGAGGAAGGUGAAUGGGGAAGAGAGAUCCCACAGGUGGAAGAGGAUGGGAAGGAGAUAUCCCACAGGAGGAAGAGGGAUGGGGGAGGUAGGUCCAGAGCAGGAUUUGCAAAUAGAAGAGAGAUCCUGGAGUAGAAAGCUGAAUCAGGAAGAGAGAUCCCACAGGAGGAAGGAGGACAGGGAAGAGAGAUCCCACAGGAGGAAGGGGGAUGGGGAGGAGAGAUCCCACAGGAGGAACAGGAAGGGAUAUCCCACAGGAGGACGGGGGAUACAAGAGAGAGAUCCUACGGGAGAAAGGGAAUGGGAAGGAGAGAUCCCACAGGAGGAAGGCGGAUGGUGAAGGGAGAUUCAACGGGAGGAAGAGGGACAGGGAAGAGAGAUCCAACAGGAGGAAGGGGGAUGGGGAAGAGAGAUCCCACAGGAGGAAGGGGGAUGGGGAAAGGAGAUCCCACAGGAGGAAGGGGAUGGGUUAUCGAGAUCUAAGAGGAGAAAGGGGAUGGGGAUGGGAGAUCCCUCAUGAAGAAGUGAUGGGGAUGAAAGAUCCCACAGUAAGGGGGAUGAAAGAUCCCACAUUAAGUGGGAUGCGGAAAGAGAUCCGACAGGAGGAAGGGGAUGGGGAAGAGAGAUACCACAGGAGGAAAGGGAUCCGGAAGAGAGAUCACACAGGAGGAAGGGGGAUGGGGAAGUGAGAUCCCACAGGAGGAAGGGGGAUGGGGAAGAGAGAUCCCACAGGAGGACGGGGGAUAGAAAAGAGAGAUCCUACGGGAGAAAGGGAAUGGGAAGGAGAGAUCUCACAGGAGGAAGAGGAUGGGAAGGAGAUAUCCCACAGGAGGAAGAGGGAUGGGGAAGGUAGGUCCAGAGCAGGAUUUGCAUAUAGAAGAGAGAUCCUGGAGUAGAAAGCUGAAUCAGGAAGAGAGAUCCCACAGGAGGAAGGAGGAUAGGGAAGAGAGAUCCCACAGGAGGAAGAGGAAGGGGAAGAGACAACCCACAGGAGGAAGGAGAAAAGGGAAGAGAGAUCCCAAAUGAGGAACGUGGCUGGGCAGGAGAGAUACCACAUCGUGAAGUGGGAUGGGGAAGAGAGAUCCCACAGAAGGAAGGGGGAUGGGGAAAAGAGAUCCCACUGCAGGAAGGGGAUGGGGAAGAGAGAUCCGACAAGAGGAAGGGGAUGGGGAAGAGAGAUCCCUCAAAAGGAUGGCGAUGGGGAAGAGAGAUCCCAUAGAAGGAGGGGGGAGGGGGAAGAGAGGUCCCACAGGAGCAAAUGGAUGGAGUAAAAGAGAUCCCACAGUAGGUAGGGGGAUUGUGAAUUUCAACAUGCAGUUGAACUGGGAGAAACAGUUUGGUGCUGGACCCCAGGAUGGGGAGUUUGUAGUGUGCGUACGGGUUGCAUUCUUGGAACAGCUUGUACGAGAGCCGACCAGGGACAAGGCAACUCUGGAUUUAGUCUUGUGUAAUGAACAGGAUUUGAUCAGCGAUCUUGAAGUAAAGGAGCCAUUAGGAGGUAGUGAUCACAAUAUGAUAAGCUUUUA